CGCCAGUGUGCCGAAAGUGUGUAAACAAACAGUUCAGAGUUUUGAAAGAAUUUGUAAUUUGUUGUUGAAAUGGGUGAACGCAAAGGACAAAACAAAUACUAUCCGCCCGACUAUGAUCCGAAGAAGGGCGGACUAAAUAAAUUUCGCGGCACACAUGCGCUGCGAGAGCGUGCCCGCAAAAUCCACCUGGGCAUCAUCAUCAUCCGAUUCGAGAUGCCCUAUAACAUCUGGUGCGACGGCUGCAAGAAUCACAUUGGCAUGGGAGUGCGCUACAAUGCCGAGAAGACCAAGGUGGGCAUGUACUACACCACGCCCAUUUACAAGUUUCGCAUGAAGUGCCAUCUGUGUGAUAACCACUUUGAGAUACAAACGGAUCCUGGGAAUCUGGACUAUGUGAUACUGUCGGGAGCCAGGCGUCAGGAAAACCGCUGGGAUCCGCUUCAGAAUGAACAGGUCGUACCCGAAACCAAAGAGGUGCAGAAGCGUCUCUUCGACGAUGCCAUGUACAAGUUGGAGCACCAGGCCAAAGAUGCCAAGGCAGCUGCAGAUUCCAAACCUGUGCUGCAGAAGCUCGUGGAGCGUAAUCAAAGUGUCUGGGAUGACAGCUAUGUGGCCAACUAUCGGCUACGUGCCGAGUUCCGACAGCAGAAGAAGGAGAUCAAAGGACAGCAGGAACUCGAUCGUCAGUUGCUGGCCAAGAGCAGUUUGGACAUAGCAUUACUUCCCGAAUCGGAGCAGGACAGAGAAAUGGCAGCGUUGAUGAAGCUGCAAACGAGAUCCGCAAUCGAACGUGAAUCGGAGCAGCGUCUGGAGCUGCUCAUGCGUCCAGCUAUGCCGGGAGCCACGACAACUACAUUUGGAGGCCUGAAGCGACAGAAGGCGUUAAACACUCAGCUGCAGCUCCAGGAUUUGGGCAUCAAGCGAAAACCGACGACAGAGACACCAGCGAUGGAGAAACCUGUGAGCUUGGUGGGAGAUUAUGCCAGUUCCAGCUCCGAAGACAGCAGUCCUGAACGUGAUUCCAAUCCCAAUCCAAAGGAUUAAUACAGCUACAAAUAAUUCUUUUAUAUUUAUAUAUUUCCGAAUAAUACAACAGUUACUAAAAUCUU